AGUUCGCAGCUGAAGAGCGCGUGGAUAUCACUUCUCCUUUUCCUCCUCUUCCUCCUCUUCUCCUCCUCCUCUCCCUUUUCCUCCUCUCUUCGAUCUGAGCGCGUGAACCGGAGAGCAAACUGGAGCCAUGGGUCUCAGCGCGUGAGAGAGACAGACAGAGACAGAGAGAGGGGGGGAUAAAGUUCCAGCAGGAGCAGCUCGAGGUUCAGCUAAAUCUGUGUGGCCGGCUGACUAUGCCCCGGAGCCCAACGUCCAGUGAGGAUGAGAUGGCCCAGAGUUUUUCCGAUUAUUCUGACGAGUCUGCUUCCGACAGCUCCAAAGAGGAGACCAUCUACGAGACCAUAAAAGCCACAGCCGAGAGGCCACCGAGCCGCAUGGAGGACAUCCAUUUAAACUCACUGGUCAUCAGGGUGGUCAUCCCUGACCUGCAGCAGACGAAAUGUAUGAGGUUUAACCCGGAUGCCACGGUGUGGGUGGCCAAGCAACGCAUCCUGUGUACGCUGAGCCAGAGCCUGAAGGAUGUUCUGAACUACGGACUCUUCCAGCCUGCCAGCAACGGCCGAGAUGGGAAGUUCCUGGAUGAAGAAAGACUCCUACGGGAGUACCCACAGCCUGUUAGCAAAGGGGUUCCGUCACUGGAGUUCCGGUAUAAAAGCAGAGUCUAUAAGCAGCCCAAUGUGGACGAGAAGCAGAUUGCCAAAUUACACACAAAGGCCAACCUGAGGAAGUUUAUGGACUGCAUUCAAAAUCACCAGUUAGAGAAAAUCUUCAAAAUGUUGGAUCGAGGGCUGGACCCCAACUAUCACGAUCCAGACACAGGGGAGAGUCCUCUGACGUUUGCGGCUCACCUGGAGAACGCGGUGGAGAUGAUUAAAGCGCUAAAGAACGGAGGAGCUCACCUGGACUUCAGAGCUAAAGACGGCAUGACCGCUCUGCACAAAGCAGCUCGGUCCAAAAACAACACCACAUUGACGACUCUACUGGAGUUGGGUGCGUCUCCAGACUAUAAGGACAGCCGCGGGCUGACCGCUCUCUACCACACGGCCAUGGUGGGGGGUGACCCGGCCUGCUGCGAGCUCCUGCUGCGUGAACACGCCUCUGUCUGCUGCCAGGACGAGAACGGUUGGCACGAGGUCCACCAGGCCUGUAGACACGGCCACGUUCAGCACCUGGAGCAUCUGCUGUUCUACGGAGCGGAUAUGAGCGCCCAGAAUGCCUCAGGAAACACUGCCCUACACAUCUGUGCCCUUUACAACCAGGAUAACUGUGCUCGUGUGCUGUUGGUGCGAGGAGCUGAUAAAGAGGUCAAAAACUACAACAGCCAGAGUCCAUUCCAGGUGGCCAUCAUCGCUGGGAACUUUGAGCUCGCUGAGCUGAUCAAGAACCACAAAGAGAGCGACAUAGUGCCUUUCCGGGAGGCCCCAGCGUACUCCCGGCGGCGGAGGGGCCCUCAGCCCAGCAGUCUUGCGGCUCCGCGAGUUUUGCUGCGCUCCAACAGCGAUAAUAACCUCAGCGUGUGUGUGGGGCCCCCUGAUGCGGCCCCCGGUCUGAGUGUGUGUGUUGGGAGCCCCGAUGCAGCCAGCCGCAGCCUCUCGCCGCAGCUGCUGCAGCAGAUGCAGAGGAACCCGAAUGGCACGGUGAGGAUGGGCGGCCGCGGGAACAAACACCAAACACAGAGCAGAUCUCCAUCACUCAGCCGCCUCGGAGAAGAACAGCGCAGAAAGCAGCUGAGGUCCAAUGCCAGUCUGGAUGGUACUGGCUCCAGGAGGAAGCUGUACAGCGCUGUUCCGGGCCGACACUUUAUUGCAAUACGACCCUACCAGCCUCAGACAGAGGGAGAGAUCACCCUCUACAGGAAUGACAGGGUCAAAGUUCUCAGUAUUGGUGAGGGCGGUUACUGGGAAGGCAGUGCCCGCGGACAUGUGGGCUGGUUCCCUGCAGACUGUGUGGAGGAAAUUCCUGCCAAGCCCAACGAGGAGAGACCUCAGAGUCGAGCGGACAGAGCGGACAGGAAGAAGCUGUUCAGGCAUUACACUGUGGGCUCCUAUGACAGCUUCGAUGCCUCCAGCGACUGCGCGCUGGAGCAGAAAACAGUGGAGCUGCAGAAGAAGCAGGAGGAGGGCUUCGGGUUUGUACUGAGGGGGGCUAAAGCCGACACGCCCAUAGAGGAGUUCACGCCCACUCCUGCGUUUCCCGCCCUGCAGUACCUGGAGUCGGUGGAUGAGGGGGGUGUAGCCUGGCAGGCGGGGCUUCGGACAGGAGACUUUCUCAUCGAGGUGAAUCAGGAGAACGUGGUGAAAGUGGGCCACAGGCAAGUGGUGAAUAUGAUCCGGCAGGGAGGAAACCGGCUGGUCAUUAAAGUAGUGAGAGUCACCAGGAACCUAGACAAUGACGACACCGCCAGGAAAAAAGCCCCGCCUCCUCCAAAACGAGCUCCGACCACCGCCCUGUCUAUGCGCUCCAAAUCUAUGACGUCUGAGCUGGAGGAGUUGGUGGAUAAAGCCACCUUGAGGAAAAAGAAAGGUGAUUCUCAGUCUUCUAAUGUUGAGGGUCUGAAGAAGAGGAUUGUAUUUCAAGUCACACUAAAUAAAGUGGAUGAAGUAGCACCGGCCCAGAAGACUGGCAGGGACAACACCUCAGUGGACAUGAGGGUGGCCACCAUAAAGCCCCGGCCAUCCAGUCGCUGCAUAGCAACUCCCACAGAUUUCAAUUCCAUGUACGAGCGACAGGGUGUAGCUGUCGUCCCACCCACUGUUCCUGGCGGCCCCCAGGGGGCAUAUCUGGGUGUACCGAAGGGUACGAUGAGGAGACAGAAGUCCAUCGGAAUUACGGAAGAAGAGAAGCAGUUCUUGACCCCUCCAUUGCUGAAGUUCACUCGGAGCCUCUCUAUGCCCGACACAUCGGAAGACAUCCCACCUCCACCAGGUGUCUCCCCUCCAUCGCCGCCUUUCAAUCCCAGUGCUGCUGUUGGACAAGGCUACGGCCCCGGCCGCUGCCAGCCUGGCUUUGGCCAGCCUUCAGCAGGCAGAGGGUAUGGCAAUGCCGGCACAGGCACCAUCCGUAGAGACCGGGUUGGGUUCCAGCGUCAAAACUCAGAUCAGUACGACCCUCAGAACUCUCAGCAGAAUGCCCGCAAUCUGAAUAGGGCUUCCGUGCCUGAGAACCCAUACUCAGAGGUUGGCAACAAGGCGCUUUAUGUCCCAGCCAAACCGGCUAGGCGGAAGGGCAUGUUGGUCAAGCAGCCGAAUGUGGAGGACAGUCCAGAGAAAACCUGCUCCAUCCCCAUCCCCACCAUCAUUGUCAAAGAGCCGUCCACCAGCAGCAGUGGCAAAAGCAGCCAAGGUAGCAGCAUGGAGAUUGAGACAAGCACCCCUGAGCACUCAGGUGGCCAGCUGCGACCCGAAGAUGGCCUUAGCGUCAGUAACCCAUUUGCGGCUGCUAUUGCUGGGGCGGUUCGUGACCGGGAGAAGCGGCUGGAGGCUCGUAGAAAUUCCCCAGCCUUUCUGUCUACAGAUUUAGGAGAUGAAGAUUUGCCCACUCCUGUCCCUCGCUUGCGGCAGUCGAAGUCCAUAGAUGAGGGCAUGUUUGGAAACGAUGAGGGACUGCGGACAUUUAUGGCACCACCAGCUUCACUGCUGAAUGCAGCACAGGGUAGUGGAAGUGAUAGUGGCAAUAGUGGAGGUAGUGGCAGUGGUGGAAAUGUGACAGACUUUAACACCCCUGAACCCACAAUUGUGCGUGAACCUCUUAACACACGUACAAGGAACUGCCUUGAUCUAGACAGUCCUGUCAGCCUCCCAGCAUCAGUGAAGACCUAUAGCUCCAAUGGUGGAGGCUACCUGCAUCCAGUCACAGGCAAAUCUCUGGACCCCAAUUCCCCUCUAGCCUUGGCCUUAGCUGCCCGGGACAGAGCAAUGAAAGAGCAAGUGCAGCCUCCUCCCCCUCCACCAAAGGGGGAGUCCCACAAACCAGACCUCAACCAGCCCCUCUUCAUCGACACCAAGCUCCGCUCGGGCAUUGAGGCCAAUUUGGCCCGGUCUGCGGGUCGAGGCGGUCUGCGGAGACAGAUGACGGAGUCUAAAUACGAAGCAGAUGGCACGAAAGACGACAAGCAGGCAGAGAAGAAAAAUAUGCUGAUUGACAUUGUGGACACAUCACAGCAGAAGUCAGCAGGGCUACUGAUGGUCCACACAGUAGAUGGUGUAAAGCCCAAGGAAAAUAGCGCAAGUGAUGGAGGGAAGCAGGAGGGGGCACCACGACAAGACAGUGUACCUACAGAAUCGAGAGAUUCAAGUAUCAAACCCGCAGUGCUCAAUUCUCAGCCUGCUCCACACCGAACAAAAAGCAUCACAGCGGGUGGCUCAAUGGAUGAACCCAUCAAACUCCCUUUCCGCAUCCCCCCUCCACCUUUGGCCUCAGUGGAUAUUGAUGAGGAAUUUGUGUUUGCUGAACCUUUACCUCCUCCCUUGGAGUUUGCAAACAGCAUUGACAUCCCUGAGGACCAGUUAGCAGAGAUUCUGAAGCAGAGGAAAAACAGUCUCCCAGGAGGACCCUUGCCUCCGUACUAUCCUCAUGCACCUCCGCAAAUCAGUUCAGAACCUAAGCGUCCAAUUGGGAUUUCAAACUGCAUGCCCCCUCCUAGUUACCCCCCGCCACCUCCCGAGAGCUUUGAGCCAGUCACAGACUCUGGAAUUGAAGAAGUGGACAGCAGAAGUAGUGGAGACCCCCACCUAGAGACCACUAGCACCGUCUCAACCGUGUCCAGCAUUUCAACGCUGUCAUCAGAAGGUGGUGAAGCAUUGGACACUUGCACAGUCUAUGCAGAUGGUCAGGCAUUCCUGGUGGAUCGGCCUCCAGUGCCGCCCAAACCAAAAAUGAAGCCCAUCAUCAACAAAAGCAAUGCACUUUUCAGGGAUCCCUUAAUCGAGGAAAGUCCUGAAUCCUUGAGUCAACCUCCACCUGCCCCACCUCCGCCUCCAGAUGGUGCUGCCCAGUCAGAACUGCCCAAAACACCCACUCAGAGAAGCUCCAAACUUUGGGGAGAUCCUCCCGAGCUUCGGAGUCCACCCUCAUCAAAUCCAGAUCCUAAGGUCAAUGUUAUCAGUGAGCUGAGCUCCAUCCUGCAGCACAUGAACCGGGACAAAUCACCCAAACAAGGAGACUCACUUGAUUCUCCAACAGGACCCAGAAGCUUUGCAACCAGGGAGGCUGCCUCAGGUACCCAAAGGACCACCACGGUGACCUUCGCCAUCCCGUCCUCCCCGUCCUCCAGCCUGCCUCCACACGUGUCCAGCCCAAUUUCAUCGCCCCCCUCUGCAGGCCAUGCCUCUUCCCUACCAGGCUCGGCCUCUGCCUCUUCUCCCACCCUGACGGACGUGUUCGGCCUGCCCACUCCACCCCUGGGCAGCCUGGGCUCGGGCAGCAGCCGCUCGCCGUCCCCACUGACCCUCCUGCAGGCUGCCUCCAACAAGCCAUUCGCCAACAAAGCCAUCCUGCUGUGGACGAAGCACGAUGUAGCUGACUGGCUGGAAAGCCUCAACCUGGGGGAGCACAGGGACGCUUUCAUGGACAACGAGAUCGAGGGCUCCCACCUCCCCAAUCUCCAGAAAGAGGACCUUAUAGACUUAGGAGUGACCCGUGUAGGCCACCGGAUGAAUAUAGAGAGGGCACUCAAGCUGCUACUGGACAGAUAAGGGGGGGUGGGGUCACAUCAUAUAUUUUCUUUUGCGGACCAAGGCACUUUUUUCAACUCGGGUUCAGUGGAAGAGACGCGUUUGCUCGCGUCCUGUGCGCCCCCCCGGGUGGCCGGAUAUCUGUCUUUUGUGCCCCGAGUUGAAAAGACCUUUAACUCAAAGCGGUCGAGUAGCCUACGUCAUGAGCGCAACCAAUCAGAUGAACGGGAAGGCGGGCCUUCGGUGACAGUUGUUAGACGUGGAGCAGGGGCUGCUGGUUGCAGUCACUAGGUACCCUGAACUUUUUACGAUUUUCACGGAGCGAAAUUAUCACAACAUAUCGAAACGGUAGCUGGCCAGCAAGCUAGACAUCACAAACCAACUAGCUUCCUAGAUGCUAAAACGCAGCUGAUACUAUUGUUGCUUGGAAACAAAAAGAAAUGGAACCAGAAGCAGAAUCGUGAAAAAGGAUCCCCCUUAAGGGAGGGUCCAGGGCUUUCCCUUUUUAUCUCCAUCUCUCUAUUUGUCUUACAUGCUGACCUGGUAUGCGGUCAUGUGGUUAGCAAGGCCGAACCAAGGCAGGAGGACACUUUGUAAGGACGUCCCUCUUGCGACUCUUCCACUGCUCAGAGUGGCAGUAUCCAGGAAAAGAAAGCUGCAGAGAUGAAGCUCUGGUCUGGUAAGGCCUUGGUCCAGCACAGAUUGGUCACUUCCUUGGUCGGAUGCUGCUUUUCUGUUUUCAAAACGAUCAUAAAUACAGUCCCACAAUAACGGUGCGGUAUAUCGUUUGUAAUUGGUAUCAUGAUUUCACUCUUUGUGAUGCUGGUUUUGCAGGAGAUUCUAAAUGAUUACAAAUGAGCCUCAAACAAAUCCCACAUUGAGGACUCUUCCAAACAAUCUGGGAAAUUCCUGAUCAGGGUUUGGACGAAUGGCAACAUCAAGUAAUCAAGGCAAGUUUGUUUAUUGCGCACAUUUCGUACACAAAGGCAAUUCAGUGUGCUUUACGUAAAUAAAAGCACAGGGGAAUAUCUAGAGGAAAGUAGAGAAAAAAAUUUUAAGUGAUACAAAGUGCUUUAGCUUAAAGAACUGGAACAGUUUAUUUAUAAAGGAUGUAUAAAUAAAUAUAAAAUACAAAAAUAAGUAAAUAAAAGGCUUUAGUAUUAUUGAAAUAGCUUAUUAGAGGUGAUGUAGGAUACGGGCUCUUUAAGGUUCUAUUAAAGGGCCCAUAUUGCUCUUGUUGGAAGAAAAUCUCAUAUGUCCAACAUGGUAACUUCACAGGAGAAGGAAAAAAAACCUACUGUAGUUUUAAUGUAAGUCAAUGGAACUGGAAU